UUUUGCAGAGCUGCGCCAGCAGUAUGUCAGUCCAUCCGGAGCAUAUGACGCCAUUCGAAGAGCCAUUCAUGCUCAACUAGAAAACGCUCCACUUCGGCUAGUUGAUACCUUCUCUGGGUAUUUAUGUGACCGACAAGGACAACUCGACGCUUUUAUGACAAGCACGGAGUACAAGGAGGUCUUGUCGUCAUCGACGACGCCCCUCCGAAUGGAGUCCAUCACGGGAGCAGUCGCGAAGUACUUCAGUUGGGUCAUGUUAUCACAUAGAUGGAAAAGCAAGGAGCCGCGGCUGCCUGACAUUCAGGACAAGAACCUGUACACAUUGGAUCCAGUCGGAACCAUGGUCAAGUUGCAGAAGUUCUGCGCAGUCGCUCGUGAUGCGGGGUAUCGCUGGGCGUGGGUCGAUACGUGCUGCAUCGACCAAAAGAACAAUGUUGAGCUCCAAGAAUCCAUUAAUUCCAUGUUCAUUUGGUAUCGCCACUCAGCACUCACCAUCAUAUACCUAUCGGAUGUUCGGGCUUCGUCGAAGUGUGGCGCACUUGCACGCAGCACUUGGAACACGCGAGGAUGGACGAUUCAGGAGUUCCUUGCUCCUAAUAUUGUUCUCUUCUACCAAGCAGAUUGGACCCUAUAUCUUGACGACCGUUCGCCCAAUCACAAGCAGUCUUUCACCAUUAUGCAGGAACUGGAAGGUGCAACAGGUAUCAAUGCGCGGGCGCUCGUUGCCUUCCGUCCGGGGAUGAGAGACGCCCGAGAGAAACUUCGAUGGGCGUCAAACCGUGUCACUACGUUGCAGGAGGACAUCGCAUACUCAUUGUUUGGCAUCUUCAGCAUUUACCUUCCUGUAAUCUACGGAGAGAAGAAACAAAACGCGCUCGGACGUCUCUUGCAGGAGAUUAUAGCUCAUUCAGGCGACAUUACUGCCCUUGAUUGGGUCGGAAAAUCAUCCAAGUUUAAUAGCUGUCUCCCAGCUGACAUUACCUCCUACAAAGCUCCACCAUGCAGGCCUCCAUCUUUAUCCGAAGACGAAAUGCAAAUAUCUGUCACCGUGCUGCAAAAUACUGUGGAUGUGGAGUCGGCUUCGAAACUAUAUACCCUCCUUGACAACCUCAGUGCUCCUCGUUUCGCGAACUCCAGACUGCAACUCCCUUGUAUCACAUUUCUUGUCACAGAAGUCAGACGGAGGCGCAGUCAAAACCUGCAAUUUUGUUUCACUUAUGAUGUCAAGGCAGACGGCCUCCAAGACCUGGUCAUCACAACCGAAGACAAACUGGUUCAGUUCUCGCGGUCCAAGCCCAGUCGGCAGACAUUCCUGCUUAUUCGUCCAUGGAAUCGUCACGAUCUUGGGCUACCCGACUUUGCAGAUGAUGCAUACAGUGUGAACGAGUCCGAGCCCGAGUCCCUGUUGGAUGAUAUGCCCAGCGACUCUCCUUCAGAACAUGAACUCGUUGAUUUGGGCUCUCAGUCACGAGAGUUGAGGCUGAUUGUUAGCCUUGGACAGCUGCCUUUUGGCGCACUUUUGCUAGCACAGCAACGUGGUGGGGAGUACAAGAGAAUUGCGUCGGAUCACAAUAUCAUGGCACAGGUCAAGCACAUGGCUUCUGUGCACGAUAUGAUGGAUGUCAGGACACUAGAAACAUUGUAGUCGCAUGUAUCUCGGGGAGAAAUCCCCAUCUGUAUUUAAAUAUCGUUGAUCCUGAUGUAUAGUCGAAUCGUCCGCGACUGUCUGUCCACUGAAAAUACGUAAAAGUCGUGC